UAACUGGCGAGAAAUCGGAGUUUGGGAUAUAGAAAACAAGAGUCUGCAGACUUUUGAUAGUGUUUUGCUUACUAAUUCCUGGAUGAACUGGCCUUCUCCGGUUUGGAUAACACCCUCCCUUUUCUAGUACUCAACUAGCAGAGAAAGGCGCACAAAAUUCUAAUUACAAAUGGAUUUUUUCAGCUCAAUUAAACAACAAUCUAGAGCUGAAGUAUGUAUGCAUUGGACCCUAAAGACUUGAAGCCAUUGAAUAGCUGCUGCGAUGCUCAGAUUUCUGUUUUUGGUUCUAAGCUUCAUAAGAAGAUGCGAGACUCUAAUAUUUUUGUUGUGGGAUCUGGUGCUCUUGGAUGUGAAUUCUUGAAGAACUUUGCUUUAAUGGGGCUUUCUUGUGGCCGUAAAGGGAAGCUAACUAUAACAGAUGAUUAUGUCAUUGAAAAAAGCAACUUGAGCCGGCAAUUCCUGUUUCGUGAUUGGAACAUUGGACAGGCAAAAUCUACAGUAUCCGCUACAGCUGCUAGUGCUAUCAACUCCAGCCUCCAUAUUGAUGCUCUGCAGAAUCGUGCCUGUCCAGAGACUGAACUUGUUCUCAAUGAUGCAUUCUUGGAGGGCCUUGAUGCUGUGAUCAAUGCACUUGAUAAUGUCAAUGCUAGGAUCUACGUGGACAUGGGAUGCCUAUACUUCCAGAAACCAUUCUUGGAAUCUGGAACGCUGGGUCCCAAAUGUAAUACACAGAUGGUGAUUCCUCACCUUACUGAAAACUAUGGAGCUUCACGAGAUCCUCCUGAGAAACAGGCACCAAUGUGCACAGUUCAUUAUUUUCCGCACAAUAUUGACCAUUGUCUAACAUGGGCUCCCUCAAAAUUUGAGGGUCUGCUAGAGAAAACUCCAAAUGAAGUGAACUCAUUUAUAUCUAAUCCUGCUGAAUAUGCUGCUGCUAUGAGAAAGGCAGGUGAUGCUCAAGCCAGAUUACUUCUCUAAUCGUGUGAAGCAGCUAACAUUCGCAUUUCCUGAGGAUGCUGCUACUAGCACCGGUGCUUCUUACUGGUCUGCCCCUAAGCGUUUCCCUCACCCGGUGCAAUUCUCAGCUGUUGAUUCAUCUCACAUUCAAUUUAUACUGGCUUCUUCCAUAUUGAGAGCGGUGUCUUUUGGGAUCCCCAUACCGGACUGGGUGAAUAACAUACCGGACUGGGUGUCUUUUGGGAUCCCCGUACUGGACUGGCCGAUAUAGUAAGUAAGGUUGCAGUGCCUGAAUUUGAGCCAAAGAGUGGGGUUAAGAUUGAAACAGAUGAGAAGGCUACUAACCUCUCCAGUGCCUCAGUUGACGAUACUGCUGUUAUCUAAGACCUUUUAACCAAGCUGGAAGCAUGUGCCAAGAAACUACCUUCAGGAUUCCAAAUGAAGCCUCUUUUUAACUGCUUCUGAUGUGUUAGAGUAUUCAAGAGGUUGACAAGCUGAAGGCGAAGUUCAUUGCAGGAAGAAUCAUUCCAGCUAUUGCAACUACGACGGCCUUGACUAUUGUAUUUUUUUAGUUUGAAAAAUAUUCUGUAAAAAAAGAUGAAAUGGUCACAGGCUUUGUGUGCCUUGAGCUUUAAAAGGUUCUGGCACACAGUUGAAGACUACCGCAAUACGUUUCACAGGAAGCAUUUUGAUGUUGUGGCUUGCGAGGAUGACAACGGGAACGACAUUUAUAUAUCUCUUAUCUCCAUUUACUUCCAAUAGGCAGGCGCCGUCACUCUAUUGUGAGGAUAGAUGAUGAGUGUGCAAAGAAUUCCUGUGGAGAGCUGUUUGAAGCACGCCUGGUGAUCGCUUAUGGUGUUAGCGCCCAUCUCCAUCGCGUUUUCUGUGGGUCCUUCCGCUCUGUUGUUGAAUGCCAACUAUUUGCAGGUGUGAGAUGCUGUCUGAUGUUUUGAUGAAUGAACCAUAGCAUGUUAUCCACUGGGUAGCAUUGGAUUGAUAUUUUUGGGGUUGCUGGAUGAUGUGUUCAUUGAGUCAUUGCAAUUGUCGUUUACCUAGUACCUCACUGCAACCAUCACAUUAUUCUUCCUUGCAACUCUUUAUCCUGGAGUUGAUCUAUGAACAUAUUGUUGUUGUGGUUAAGCAAAACUGUAUCUAGCAGUUUUGCAUUUGUUUUUCAACUUGGCUGAUCCCCUUUUCAUUGCUUUGACAUAACAGAAAUACAAGAGCUAGCCAGUUCCAAGCGAGGUUCAGGAAGCAGGAAAGGGGAAAGAGCUGAGUUCAGCGCACCGCUGGGAAGCCUACUACAUGUGCUAAUCGAAACACAUGCUAUGGAGCGAAAACUUAAAGGCGACAAAUGCUCCCGUUGGCCGGCACCACCCCUCGGGAGGCGGUAGACCCAGGCGGCGGGGAGGUGCGGCGGUGUUGGUGGUGGCUGGAUCCGGACGGAAUCGGUUGGAUUCAGUGCGGCAGCGGCGGCGACAGGAUUUGGCAGCGGGGGGCUGUGGUAAGGAGGCGGUUGGGCGGCGAGGGGUGGAUUGGCGUUUUUGGGCAGCAACCUUCCAAUAUAUGCAUCCGGUUGUGCCCUGUUUUUGGGCUACCCAAAAACGUUUUUGACCAUGUUGAAGUUUUUGGGCAGCUAUUGGAGAGGUUUUUUGGCCUCCAAAAGCCGCAAAAGGCAGUGUUGCCCUAUUGUUGGAGACGCUCUUAUGAGCAUGGUUACUAGUUUUGUAUGGCAUGCACAAUUUUAGAUUGUCAAUUUGACUA